AAACCCUUCGAGCUGACGCUUCCACUUCCUCGUACCAGGCGCAAGCGCGCAAAGGUAAAGAAUGCGGACUUCGUCGCACACUGGAUACAGAACGCUGGUACAAAAGCUUCAAAUAGUAAAAAAUGUCGAAAACACACACAAAGCCCCCGUCCUCGUCGGGGGCUACGACCUCCGGUGGACCUUCUUCCUCCUCAUCCUCCUCGCCCGCAGGUGGCACGACGUCUCCCGCCAACGUCCUGCACGUACAGCCUGAGAAACCUCAACACUACACGUAUCUGAAGGAGUUCAGGACAGAGCAGUGUCCUCUGUUUGUGCAGCACAAGUGUACCCAGCACCGGCCCUUUGCAUGCUUCCACUGGCACUUCCUGAACCAGCGUCGCCGCAGGCCCAUCCGCAGGCGGGACGGAACCUUCAACUACAGCCCAGAUGUCUACUGCACCAAAUACGACGAGGGCACAGGCACCUGCUCAGACGGGGACGAAUGUCCGUACCUGCAUCGUACGGCAGGCGACACAGAGCGGAGGUACCAUCUGAGGUACUAUAAGACAGGCUCCUGUAUCCACGAGACGGACGGGAAGGGCCACUGCUGUAAGAACGGCUCCCACUGUGCCUUUGCACAUGGAUCACAUGACCUACGAUGUCCCGUCUACGACAUCAGGGAGGUGCAGGUGAUGGAGUCUCAGGGGGGGUCGGGGGCUGCAGAGGGAGGAGGAGGGGGGGAAGGCCAGUCGGGGCUGGCGGCCAGUACUGCCCUCAUUGAGAAGAUCCUGAGUGAGGAACCACGUUGGCAGGAUAACACCUAUGUGUUGUCCCACUACAAGACAGAUCUGUGUAAAAAGCCUCCUCGUCUGUGUCGCCAAGGUUACGCCUGUCCCUACUACCACAAUAGCAAAGACAGGCGCCGUAGUCCACACAAACACAAAUACAGAGCAUUGCCAUGCCCAGCGGUGAAGCACAGUGAGGAGUGGGGAGACCCCAGUAAGUGUGAGGUGGCAGAGGGAUGCCAGUACUGCCACACACGCACAGAGCAGCAGUUUCACCCUGAGAUCUAUAAGUCCACGAAGUGUAACGACAUGCAGCAGUGUGGCAGCUGCCCCCGAGGCCCCUUCUGUGCCUUUGCACACCUAGACAACAAGCCCCCUAUCAGUGAAGAACCCUCGUUUCAGACCCCCAGCUCCCCACCUCUCCCCCCAGGACCCCAAGACCCUCACCCUGCCCAGGAAGGAUGCUCCAGCCCUGGGGGCCGAGGUGGAAGGUCUGGGUCUCUGUCUGGAGGGCCGUUCUCCCCGUCAGGUGGUGUGUGUGUGGCAGAGCAGGGCCUUUUAGGGAGGGUGCUGUCGUUGUGUGAGGACGUGUGUGGGGGAGGCGAACCCCUCUCCCCCUGGGCUGGGGAGGGGGGGUACGGUAGGGCACCGGGGUAUGAGAGGGAAGACCAUGCCAAACAGAAGAGUUUUACCAUGGAGCAACGCAACAGAGAAAUGGCGUCUCAUCACAGCAAACAGGACCUGUUGGUGUUCCUCCCAGUUGGUAGUCCACUGAGUCUGUCAUCCAGUGUUCCCUCCAGCCUAGCAGCCACCCCUCCCAGCCCGGCCCCUCCUGGACCCCUCCACCAGGGCCACCACCUCCACCACGGAGCCCCAGCACCAGGCCUCUUCUCGGGCAUGAAUGCCAACGCACUGCCCUUCUACCCCACCAGCGACACCGUCGAUUCUGUAGUGGAGUCAGCUCUGGAUGACCUGGACCUGAAUGACUUUGGCAUGUCUGCCCUGCAGAGAAGCCUGGACAGCAGCUCAGCUCUUCCCAGAGCCAUGCUGGGAGGAAAUCAGCUCCAGAGUUCUGCUCCUGUCAACAUUCCAGGAUCCCUCUGCAGCUCCGCCCCUUUCAGCUCCCCCUCGCCCUCUCCACCAAUCAGAGCCCACCAAUCGCCAUUCUUCUCCUCCCAUCUAUCGCAGCCCAGCAAAUCAGAAAGCAGCUUCUUGGGGCCAUCACAUAGCUCUUUAGGUCUGAAUGGUAUGAGCAGUAGUAUCUGGGAGCACCCAUCAGGCCAGGGUUCCCCCGGUACGCCCCCGGCCCUGUUACCCACCAUGGGCCAGAGCAUGGAGACAGCCCGGGUUCGACAGGAACUAGACGAUGCUAACAGACUACUGAAACACUGGGACCACACCUGGAGACAUACAGCACAGUCGUGGGCGGUGUUGAAGUCGGAUGCAGAGGAGUCUCGUGGCUCGGCCGGUCGGUCAGCUCUUGAAGCAGAGCGGGCCAGACAGGCUGAGGAGGCGGCGAAGAGACAGACCUCUCUCCUCCAGGAGGCGCUGGAGAGCAUGAGGACAGGAGAAAACCCACACCUGAGCCUACACCAGCUACAGCUGCUCCACAGACUGCCUCUAGAGUCUGUCCUCAGUUUGCAGGCCCAGCUCUGUACAUGUCUACACACCGUGGAACAGGUGGUGUAUAGAAAGCAGUGUCAAUGUUGUGUGACAUGUGGAGAGCAGGGAUCGGUCUCUCUGCCCUGUGGACACGGUCUACUGUGUGACAGCUGCACCAGCUCUACAGAGUGCCCCCUUUGCCCAGAACAGACCCUAGAUCAGUUAUCCUGACCUAACUCAUCAACUAUCUAUAGCCCAGCAGAUCCCCCAACACUGAUCUCAGACCAGCCUCACACCAGCCAUACUCACUCAAACAGCCCAGUUGACCCGAACACUGACUUUAGACCAGAUCCAGACCAGUUGUUCUUACGCUAUGUAGUAUACUCCAUUGUAUCUUACCUCUGAUCCUAGAUAUGGUAUCCUCACUGAAAGAUCAUCCCAAAGACCAGCCUCCGGUCCAUAUAGUCACUGAUUCAAGAUCAGAUUUUUUUUUACACGCACUACCUGCCCAUAAGAAAUGAUUCAGGAUCAGCUCUCUUACCACAGACCUGUCUUUAACCACAAAACUGACUCAGUCAGUUGUUAAUGGCAUGCAUGAUCCAGACAGCUGUCUCAUGAUGCUACAUCCUAAGGGGGCCACCAUUUGAAGGAGUACAAGUUUUUACUGUUAAAAUUAUAAUUUUUAUUUUCCAUAGAAUGUAUGCUUUUUCUAGAAAAGUGAAGGCAAAGUCAGUGAUAUUGUUUUGUUAAUGAGACUUAUAGUCAGAGGAAGAAUAGGGCUGCAUCUCAAUAGUAUAAAAAGGCUUCCUCUCCUUGUGUCCUUCACACUGAUCUGAAACUACAGGAAGGGAAUAUGGUGGGAGCCUACAAAGAAAUUGCAGAUGAAGGAAGGAAAGCCAUGUUAGACUAUUUGGACGCAGCAGUCUGUGUUUCUUACAAAUAGUUUCUGUACUUGACUGACUCUCAGGUUUGCAGUCUGUAAUAUUAUUAUUCUUUGUUAACUGGAAAGAUGGGAGCAUGUUAACACAAUCAAGAAAAAUUUACUAUUCAAUUGUGUAGUCUGAAAUUAUGCAUAUUUUUUCAUUUAAUAACAAGGCGCUUCAUGUUAACGCAAAUGCCAGCCUUUUUUAAACUCUAAAAAUCAAUGUAUAAUGUUUUUGGGGCAUAAUUUACAUUUGUAAGCAUUUUGAUAUUUCACAGUAUGUCAAACUCAUGUCAAAUAUACAUAGUUCUUGUAUGUCAUACUUGCCACAUGCACUGUACACCAGGUGUCAGGCUUUGGACACAGCAGGUGUGUGUUGAUAACCAGUGAAAAGACAUGAUCACGUGUACUAUACACAGACCUGGCACAAAGUCCACACCUUGUCCUACUGCAUCCACCAACUGUUUCAUUUUGUGUGUUUUGGUAUAGAAAAAUAAAAUAAAAGUAUAUUUUUGGAUGAA